UGUGAUUUACGACUAGUGUGGCACUUGCGUUGCAUUGAAAGUCAGCAUAAACCUUGAACGACAAGUUUAGUAAAGAAUCGGACUUUUCGCCUACACUAGAGCUUUAAUGGAAGGAACAAGUACACUAGCAGACUCGCUGUUGGACGAUCUCGACGACCUUUCCGACGUCGAAGACGUCGCCGACGAUGCGAAAAACAUAUUGCAAGGCGAAACAGAAACGUCGCAAACCCACAAGGAAUUUACUGGACCAAGAAGAAAGCGAUUUCUGGACGAUCCGAAUUUGCUGAAACAUGUCAAUGAGGUGAGAUACAAUGAAAAGAACAAUAUGGAGAAGCCACAGAGCAAAGACCAGGAUGCAGAAGAGUACCGACUCAUCGUGCAGUCCAACAAGCAACUCGCGAACUUAGCAAACGAGCUAUCUCUGACCCACAUCGACCUCUGCACCGCCUAUCAUCCGAAAUUUCCGGAAUUGGAAGAGCUGUUGCCGGGUACUGGUCAGUACAAGGAUGCUGUUCGUGUGAUUCGUAACGAAAUGGACAUGACAAAAGUCAACGAAGGUCUGAAUGCCUUUCUCAACAGUAAUCAGAUCAUUACGAUUAGUGUAUCUGGGAGUACAACAUCAGGUCGUAUGCUUUUGGAAGAAGAACUAGUUGUCGUCGACAAACUGAUCGAGUACAUGGACCAAAUUUGUGAGCUGCAAUCUGAAUUGAAUCUGUUUGUAGAAUCCCGCAUGGAAGGCCUCGCACCAAAUGUGUGCGCAUUGAUCGGCCCUACAACGGCCGCCAAACUUUUAGCACUGGCAGGAGGUCUAGCCGAGCUGUCAGGAAUCCCAGCCUGCAAUCUUCAGGUCCUAGGACAGGUCAAACAGAACGCGGCCAGUCGUGCCGGAUUUUCGUCAGCCACCACAAGGCCCCACGAAGGAACCUUGGCCGAAUGCGACCUAGUCCGUAGAUGCCCUCGGCACCUUCAAAAAAGGGCUCUCAAGAUGGUUGCGGCCAAGCUCGCGCUUGCAGCGCGUUGCGAUUACGUCAACGUUAAUUCUGGACGGGAGAGAACCCCGACAUCGGGACGACAGUUUCGCUCCGAUAUUGAAUCCAAGAUUUCUCAGUGGCACGAGCCAGACAGGGCUCAAGUUCUAAAAGCAUUACCAAAACCCGAUCUUACGAUAAAGAAGCGUCGUGGCGGCAAACGAAUGCGGCGCCUUAAGGAACGUUACGAAGAAACAGCGAUGAUGAAACAGGCAAAUACCCGGGCGUUUUCAGCGAAAGCCGGAGAGUACGGCGAUGACGCGAUGGGGUUGAGUUUGGGGCUUUUGGAUAAAUCUGACGUCACAGCUAGUGGGAGCUUGCGCAAAAAGACAGAAAAACGCAAAUUGAGAGUAGCGAAUACCAAGGCAUCGCGAAAGCGCGCCGAGCAGAUGAAGGCAACAACGAAUACAAACGGAUUGGCUAGGAUGGAAUUGGUGAAUCCUGAUGCUAAUCGAGAACGAUUGCGAGAGGCAAAUAACAAAUGGUUCAGCAAUAACGCAGGGUUUCAAUCGGCGCUGCCGAAAAAGUAG